AUGAGGUGGUGGCUGCUGGGGGCCGCUCUGGGGCUGCUGGUUCUGAUCGUCCCUGAUGUCCAGGCCGGGAGGAGACCACGGGACCACGAGGGGGGGAGUCGCAGAGGAAAGAGGAAGAGGGACGGGAGGGGUCUCGGACGGACCAGAGAGGGGCGCUCCAGACCUCUGAAGAUCCGUCUAGUUCCUGGUCCAAUUAUCCCGGAGAAACCAGGUCCAAACUUUGGGAACACCGGGUUCCUGAACCUUUACAGGAACGUCCAGGAACAGCAGUCCAGCUACAGCGUCAUUCCAGGUAAGCCGGACCGCUGCGUGUACCGGGGUCUGACCAUGUUCGACCUGGCCGUCUGGUCCCCGUCGCCCUGCGUGACGUGUUUGUGCGCUGAGGGACGGGUGGUGUGCGAUGAGAUCUCCUGUCCCACAAUGCACUGCCCGUCCCCCGUCACCCCCGCGGGGGCGUGCUGCCCCGUCUGCAUGGACCCAGACUCGGAGCUCAGCCUCGACCUUUCUGGUGACUCCCCAGUUCCCAGUGACCCCAACAAGGCAGUCAUCCCGCUGACCCAGGAGGAGAUCCAGAGUAUCCUCUGGAGGGAGGAGGAGGAGCACCGAGAGGAGGAGGAGCGCCUGAGGAAGAAGGACGAGGCUAGGAAGAAGAGAAGGAAGGAAAGGAAGGAGCGGGAGGAGAAACAGAGGAAGCUGGUGGAAGAAAGGAGGAGGGAGGAAGAGGAGGCACUGAGGCUGCAGGUGGAGAAAGAGGAAGAAGAGUGGAGGAGGCAGAUAGAGGAGGCAGAGGAGAGGAGACGGCAGGAAGAAGAAAAGAGGAUGCAAGAGGAAGAAGAGCGGAGGCAGAGAGAAAGAGACAAGGAAAUUAAAUUAGAGGAGGAAAGAAGGAGGCAGGAGACUUUAGAGAGAGAGAAACUCCUGGAGGAAGAGGAGCGACAGAGGGAGGAAAAGGAGGAGGAGGAGGAGGUGUGGCUGAGAGGAGAUGUGUUUCAGAUGAUCCCCAAAGAACGUGACCUCCUUCCAGCUCCGAUCCCAACACCUCCUGCUGCAAUAGAAGAAGAAGAGGAGGAGGAAGAAGAGGAGGAGAUGGUGACAAGGAGCAGAGGAGGUCUUCCUCCAGGUUGUAGCAUCUCUGAUGUUACUGUGACGUGUGAGAACAUCAAACUCACACACUUUCCUCCUCUGAGCAUCCCCGAGCUGAAAUCUCUCAGCCUGGAAGGGAACGACAUCAGCAGCAUCCCAGCAGGAGCCUUCAAUGGAAUUCCCAACCUGGAAUGGAUCAACCUGAAGAAAAACCAACUCACCUCUGCUGGCAUCGAUGCUAACGUCUUCAAAGGCCUGAAGAUGUUAAGACGCCUGUACUUGGACGAGAACCUCCUGGACAUGGUGCCCCCGGACCUUCCCUCCACACUGCAGGAACUAAAGAUCAGCGAGAACAAACUGAGAGGAAUAGAUGAAAACAGCUUCCAAGAUCUGAGCAGCCUGGUGACUCUGGAGCUGGAAGGAAACCUGUUAAGUGAAGGGAACGUCGAUCCUCGGGCCUUCGCUCCUCUAACGCAGCUCUUCUACCUCCGACUGGGAAGAAACCAUUUUCGUACCAUUCCACAGGGCCUUCCCAAGUCCUUACUGGAGCUGUAUCUUGAGAACAACCUGAUUGAAGAAAUCUCAGAGGCUGUUUUCAAUCGAACCGGGAAUCUGAAUGUAGUUUCUCUCAGACACAACAAGCUGGAUGAGACCCGGAUUGCCCCGAUGGCUUGGUUCAACCACAGAAACUUGGAGUCCAUUGACUUGUCUCAUAAUGAGUUUUACCUGGUUCCAUCUUUCCUGCCCAAAUCUUUGGUCCACCUGGUUCUGGUGGGAAACAACAUUGAGAGGAUACCCGGUUACGUCUUUGCCCACAUGGACCCUGGUCUGGAGUACCUCUACAUGUCCUUCAACAAGCUGGACGGAGAAGGAAUUGAACCGGAGUCGUUCUUCGGGACCCAUCACUCCAUGACAGAAAUGUGUCUGGAUCACAAUCAGCUGAUCUACGUGCCGAUUGGCAUCAGUGAAAUGACCAACUUACACUUUCUCCGACUCGACAGCAACAAGAUAAGGAGCAUCUCUGACGAAAGCAUCUGUGACCCGAACCAGGACCAGGAAACCCCUCUGGUGGGUCUGAGGAUGGAAAACAACUACCUGGACCCCCAGAAGAUCUCCCCGUCAGCCUUCUCCUGUGUACGCUCUGCUUCGAGCGUGGUUUUAAAACCUCAGAAAACCAAACGAUAA